AUGACGGCCACAGCCCAGCAGCCCACCAAGGCGCAGCCCGUGCAUCUUGCCACGCCGGCGGCGGCCGCCAAUGCGCCAGUACCCGCCGCGGCCGGCGACCCUCAGGUGCAGCUGGAGGCCGACAAGCGAGCCGUCUACAGGCACCCGCUGUUCCCGCUGCUGACUCUGCUCUUCGAGAAGUGCGAGCAAGCGACGCAGGGCUCCGAGUGCAUCACUUCAGCCAGCUUCGACGUUGACAUUGAGAACUUCGUCCACCAGCAGGAGCAGGAGCACAAGCCCUUCUUCAGCGAUGACCCCGAGCUGGACAACCUGAUGGUGAAGGCGAUCCAGGUGCUGCGCAUCCAUCUCCUGGAGCUGGAGAAGGUCAACGAGUUGUGCAAGGACUUCUGCAACCGCUACAUCACCUGCCUCAAAACCAAGAUGCACAGCGACAACCUACUCAGGAAUGACUUGGGGGGGCCCUACUCCCCCAACCCCUCCUCCAUCAGCCUCCACCCCCAGGAGAUGCUGCAGAGCUCACCCGCGGCGCUGCCGCCUGCCUCCAACCCACCGCCAGGCAUCGUGGUGCCGGCGGCAGCGCUACCGCCGGGCAACUUGGCCAUGAGUACCGGCAGCGGCUCACCUGCCGUGCCAGGUGGAGCCUUGUACCAGCCCGUGACCAUGGUGACGUCGCAGGGCCAGGUACUCGCCCAAGCCAUCGCCCCCGGUGCCCUGCAGAUCCCCAACACACAGGUGAACCUGGAUCUCACCUCCCUCCUCGAUGGUGAGGACAAGAAGUCCAAGAACAAGCGAGGUGUCCUGCCCAAACAUGCCACCAACAUCAUGCGCUCAUGGCUCUUCCAGCACCUCAUGCACCCCUACCCGACAGAGGAUGAGAAGAGGCAAAUCGCCGCCCAAACCAACCUGACCCUCUUGCAAGUCAACAACUGGUUCAUAAACGCCCGGCGGCGCAUCCUGCAGCCAAUGCUUGACGCCAGCAACCCGGACCCAGCCCCCAAAGCCAAGAAAAUCAAAUCUCAGCACCGGCCCACCCAGCGAUUCUGGCCCAACUCCAUUGCCGCUGGGGUCCUGCAGCAGCAGGGUGGCAAUUCGGGGACAAAUCCUGACGGCUCGCUCAGCAUGGACAACCUGCAGCCCCUCUCGUCAGCUACGGCCACCAUGGCCAUGCAGCAGGCCAUGCUGGCCGCCCACGACGACUCCCUUGACGGCACCGAGGAAGAGGAGGAGGACGAGGAGGAUGAGGACGAGAUGGAGGAGGAAGAAGAAGAGGAAGAAGAGCUGGAGGAAGAGCCUGGUGGCCUCCCAGCGGCGCCUGGCGCUGACCUUGGCUUGGACCACAGUGACUCGCUGGAAUAG